UUGUGUUUGGCGGGCGUUGGCUCUGACUACUUCAGCUGUGGACCCGGUGACUGCAGCUUUUGUUUCUGGACCUUGAAGGAGAUGGAUGGAGGGAAGGAGGAGCUUAAACGAGUGUAUGGAAAAAAAGUAAUUUCCCAAAUUACAUGAAAGGAAUACACCAGAGGACAGUGUUGUGAGAUGCUGCCAUUAUGUGGGUCUUCAGGACUGCAUGUGAAUGCCUCAUUGGCCAAGCAUUUCCCAUAAUAAUAACCAGUUACUGAAUCUACCUCUCAUCCCUCUGUAACAUCCCCCAGCCCUCUCACACACGCAUACAAAAAUAUAAAACACACAAUGGCUCUUGUUUGGAUGUCUGGUUUCAAAGAGUAUGGAAUUUACCCAUAAUGCUCUGGCACAGACAGAACUGAAGAAGGAGACGAGCAUUUCAACUAUAGUUUGUGCAGAUGGAUAAGUGAUGGCUCAAGCUCAUAUUGUGUCCUCGCUGCUGCUCCUGGCACCACUCCUGGCAGAUACAGACCCUCUGGUGUCCAGACCGCCAGGCUCCACUGAGGGCCUCCAAGCUCACUUCCACUGGAUUGCUGACCAUGUGCCAGCAUUCAGGGUUCCAGGGGGACGCAUACACAUCCUCCAGUCCCCUGAUGAGUUCUAUCAGGCUAUGAAGGCACGAAUCAAGACAGCCAGAAGUCGAGUGGUGAUUGCAUCCUUGUAUCUUGGCACAGGACCACUAGAGCAAGAUCUUGUUGAUUGUAUUGAGGAGGCACUCAGAUGCUCUCAGGAAGAAGCUGCUGCUGAUUUAAAAGUGUCUGUACUACUUGACUACACAAGGGGAUCAAGAGGAAAGAAUAACUCUCGAACGAUGCUAUUGCCAUUGCUGCAGCAUUUUCCAGAGCAGAUGAGGGUGUCUUUGUAUCACACUCCAGACCUGCGUGGGCUGCUACGCCUCCUAGUGCCUGAACGCUUCAACGAGACUAUUGGCGUACAGCAUAUCAAAGUUUACCUGUUUGACAACAGUCUCAUCAUCAGUGGAGCUAAUCUGAGCGACUCAUACUUUACUAAUCGUCAGGAUCGUUAUGUGCUGUUGGAGGACUGCCAAGAGGUGGCUGAUUUCUUUGCGGAGUUAGUGGGAGCGGUGGGUGACAUAUCGCUGCAGCUUGCACCUGAUGACAGUGUUCACAUGAUGGAGGGAAUGGUGCACCCUUACAAAGGUAAUCGAGUAGAUUUCUCAAAUUCAGCACAGCAGCGGAUUAUGGAAGUAAUGAAUUCAGCCAGGACACGACAGCAUAUGCUGGAGCUGGAUUCCAUGUCGAAAGUGGAAAGUGGAGAAGAGCAUAGUGACACCUGGGUCUUCCCGCUUGUGCAAAUGAAACCUUUGGGCAUCCAGUUGGAUGAGGUGGUAACACAGAGACUUCUGAGGGAGGCAGAUGGGGACUCCACAGUCUACCUAACAUCAGGCUACUUUAACCUGACACGAACCUACAUGAGACUAGUACUGGGAGCUGCAGCAGAUUACCGCAUCCUCAUGGCCUCACCAGAGGUCAAUGGAUUUUUUGGGGCCAAAGGGGUGGCAGGUGCCAUUCCCGAAGCUUACAUUCACCUUGCCCAUCAGUUCUAUAGUAAGGUGUGUGAGCUGGGUCAACAAGAUAGGGUCCACCUGCAUGAAUACCAUCGGCCUGACUGGACAUUCCAUGCCAAGGGACUGUGGUACUACCUGGAAGGAAACGACCGUCCCUGUCUGACUCUUAUAGGCUCCCCCAAUUUUGGUUACCGCUCUGUGCACAGAGACAUAGAGGCUCAGAUAGCCAUAGUAACAGAAAAUGAUGAACUCCAGACUCAACUGCAACAGGAGCAAGACAUGUUGUACCAGAGGUCCACAGAAGUGUCAGGCUCCACCUUUAAGCAACCUAACCGUUAUGUGAAGUUAUGGGUGAAGCUGGUCACUCCUCUAAUUAAGAACUUCUUCUGAGAUACCGCAUGCCUAAGUUGGUAGACUUCUUACAGUCCAUACCAGGUUGGUUCAUUUCUGACUGGGUGUGCUCACUACACUACUGAGGAGCCUAUUCUCUUUACAAAAAAACAAAAAACAGCAACCUUGAUUCAGUUCAUGUGGUGAUUAGCUAAUGAAUUGAAUCUAAUGGAAAACAGGCGUACUGUGUUCAACAGUCAAUACUGUGCUCUGUUUACAUCAAUACCUCAAUGGCCUAUACUUUAAAGAGACCAUGAAUAGCUUUUGUGUACGAGAAGGCACAAAAACAGGAAUCAGCAUUUUUGUUGUGAUUUUGGUUUGUCUGAACUGUUGUUCCGUUUUACUUAGCACAUGCAAAGUUUCCGUAAAUAUAAAUGCACACAAAGCCCAAGAUGGCAGACAGUGGGUUCUUAAGAAUCCGCAAUGUCACUGCAGUGGUUCCCCAAGCCCAAAUCCCGUCACAUAGCCGAGUGUAGAGUAGUGUGGCCAGACCACAGCACAAACUUGGCUAUAUGCUAUUCCAGUACUGUCAGUCUUUAGGUGCUGCCAGUGACCUCUUUUAGCCCUCUGCCGGUAACAUCUGUGGCUGUUUUGUGCAUGGUUUACGUAUUUUAAUCAGACAUGGCCUAUAUUUACGAUGUAGAUAUUGAGAAUAUCCAGAUCCAAAAAGCACUCCAUUACAGAAGGGAUAUUUUCUGAAAUAAGUAAUAUUAAAUAUAAAUCAAAGCAACACAACGCAUAAAACGGGUAAAUACUAAUGAAAUGCCUAUAGUUUUUUUGUUUGUUUUUUUUCUUACUGAAAUGCUUUUACACUGCCCCCUUGUGAUUGUGUUGAAAAACUGAAACGUAACCAUACCACAGGUUUGAUAUGUUGAUAAGGUUUUUAUUCAAAACAAUGAAGGCAUAAAACCAAAUAGCAAAUUAAUUUUACUUGAAAGGGCACAAAAAAUAAACAAUUAAAUAACAGAAUUAUGGAUUAAAUAAAAUCACAAAAUGUUUCUUCUCUAAGUUCUGUUGCAGUAGACACUGAGAAGCAGUUAUACAGAAGCUAACACCCACUUAGUUGGUUUCUCUUUAGAUUAAAGGUCCAAACAUAGGUGGGCCCACGCAUACGUGUUUUGUACACAGGACACUCAUAUAUGUUCUUUGUCUCCUGGUGGUCCACGGGAAUGGCAUUAAUGAAGAUUACCAGCAUGGAAGGUGUCAACUCCUUUAAAAGGGCAUCAGCUAUUGCACCAGAAUGGAUGUCCCAGCGAGCUCCGGUGAAAAUGUUUCAAACAUUAAUGCUCAUAUUGUUUUAUUUCAAAAGGACACCGAUGUAAUCCAUGCCUGUGGAUGGCAACCCUGAAUUUAUUAUUAACUGUGUGCUGUUUGUACUCAUGAUCUGUUUCAUAAUUAGCUUGUGGAUUGACCAUGAUGCACAGUCCAAAUUUUAGAAAAAAGAUAUGAGAAUGGGGUGAUGUAGAAAGUGAAGAUGUGAAGUGCAGUCUAAGAAUUUGGGACAUUUGGGGAACCUGAGAAAGUGGAUGGGCUAAAAAUUGAAGGUAUUCUUACAAGCCAAUGACAAGAAAUUACCAAGACCAUGUGAUUGACAAACAACUGAUGUCACCAUUUCUUUGCUGUGCAGUUGAUGUUGAAUUUAUAGUGCAAUGUCUAAUGUUGUUAGCAGCUUCAUGUCUAAGACUACAAACUGCAGUCCUAAUCUUAAUUUAAAACAUGAGUUCAUUUUCUAAACAUGAGCUGGAUUAAAGUUAAGUUUAGUGUUACUGAUUAUGCUGCAGUUUAUAGCAGGGAAUACAGUUAGUUCCUUCUAUUAGAUCAUGUGAAUCUUAAGAUUUUUAACUAAAUAUUUGCUUCAUUGAACAAUACCCUUCAUAUAGGAAAACACAAAAUAUCACAGAUAGCCUUUAACAUGUUGAUAGGACAUUUGAUUUCAUACAUGGAGGGCUGGUGAAUUUACUACACCUCAGUUAAAAAAUGUAUGAACUUUCAUGUGUAAAUGAAGAGUUGAGCAAAUUUAACACAGGCUAAAGUUUGUAGCAUGUGGGGAAGCAAUUUCAGUGUUAGAGUCUGCAAGGUGUCAUUUCAAUAGCAAUUUAUAAAUGAUUAUAAAUGUCACAUUGUUGAAGUUUAGCUUGUUUGAAAGAGAGCAAUAUGCAAGUUAUGGAAGUGUUUGAAAGCCAUAUUUUGCCAUUGCUUUUAGCUUUCAAUGUUGAUGUUAUGAUUUUCAGUCUGAGAAUCCUUGAUUUUGCACCAGUUCAUCUAAACAGCCUUAAAGGUCUGUUAUUUAUAUAUUCUCCAUGCAAUCUAGCCUAAUGUUUUUUGAUUUAUAGAUGGUGUAUUUAAAAUAAAGGCUUGGAUGUGUGUUUAA